CAUUAGAACACCAGGGCGUGUAAAUGACUUCAUGACUUCACACAAAAAGGUGGGGCCAGUGAAAAUGUGUAUGGUAAAAAUACUGACCCAACUGGGUCUUAUUGUUGAGCCCAGCUGUAUAUAUUAUGAACCGUUUUUCGAAAGGGGUUUGUUGCAUUUAGUACAUUGGAAUGAGUUGGAGUAAAGCACCUGUUGGUCUGAGCCAGUUAUUUUCCACCAUGACAGUAAAUAAACAGUCCACCUGCUAUCAGUUAGCUCAGUGGUUGAGGCUUGGGAAAAGAGAGAGUAAAAUGGGCGGUACCUUUUGCUUCAGGGAAGGACAUACAUCUCACAUCUGUUUCCGUUUCACACCCAGCUUGCCUCUGCUUGUGUGCGUAUGUUUCUAUUUGAGAACUAAUGUGUUUUUGGGCUUUAUGGGGCUGGAUCACCUCCUUGGCAGACCUGAAUCUAUGGUUGCAGAGAGAAGCAGAUGACAAAGGAGUGCAUGAUGGGACAGGUUUACCAUGGAGAAGGAACGUGGGCCUUUAGCUGCCUCACUGGCGUAUACAAGGAGGACGAUCUAGUACGCAGUCGCCUAAAACAAUCCACAAGAACAAAGGUCUGACAUUCCAUCGGUCGUAUAGUGUCUGAAGAAAAUUAAAGGAGGUAGGAGUUCUCUACAGAUGAAUCAGUCACAGAAACACAGGGAAGCACACUGGACGCCAUGACGGAGGAGAGUGAAGGAAUUUUACGAUUUCGACUUUCUCUCGAUGAACAUUGACAAGUCCACUUAAAGCCCGCCGUGCUCAGGGGAGAGAGUCCCCUGAUAUGAACCCCAAGUCCUUGGGAUCUCAAAGGCAAAUGCCCUUAUGCCAGGGCCUGAGUUGGUCUUCCACCAUGUCAUGGUAGCAUUGUAUGCCAAAAAUCAACCCUUGGAAAAAAAAAAUCAUAAACUGUAGACUUGAAUAAUGCAAGUUGUCUAACACCAAUCUGACAGAAAAAAGCUUCCUCUAGUCUCUGCUCAACUAUAUCAACACAUAUUGUUUACAUUGCAUACUUUUUAUAGCUAACUCUCUCACUCCCUGGGAUUACCGACUCAAGUCCAGGUACAGUUAACCAUGGGGUGCCGGCAGAGUUCGGAGGAGAAAGAGGCCGCCCGACGCUCACGGCGCAUCGAUCGACAUCUCCGCUCAGAAAGCCAGCGGCAGCGGCGUGAGAUCAAACUUCUGCUGCUCGGCACUAGCAACUCUGGCAAGAGCACCAUUGUGAAGCAGAUGAAGAUCAUCCACAGUGGGGGAUUCAACCUGGAGGCAUGCAAGGAAUACAAGCCUCUCAUCCUCUACAACGCCAUCGACUCACUCACACGCAUCAUCCGUGCCCUCGCCACCUUGAAGAUCGACUUCCACAACCCAGAUCGAGCUUACGACGCAGUGCAACUCUUUGCCCUGACCGGGCCUGCUGAGAGCAAGGGGGAGAUCACACCAGAGCUCCAGGGCGUGAUGAAGCGCUUGUGGGCCGAUCCAGGGGUCCAGGAGUGUUUCUGCCGCUCCAAUGAGUACCAUCUAGAGGACAAUACUGCCUAUUAUCUCAACGACCUGGACCGCAUUUCUGCGCCAGAGUUCAUCCCAACCGUUGAGGACAUUCUGCGCUCUCGUGACAUGACCACUGGCAUUGUUGAGAACAAAUUCACCUUCAAGGAGCUCACCUUCAAAAUGGUGGAUGUGGGUGGCCAGCGUUCAGAAAGGAAGAAGUGGAUCCACUGUUUUGAGGGUGUGACUGCCAUUAUAUUCUGUGUGGAGCUCAGUGGCUAUGACCUCAAGCUUUAUGAAGACAACCAGACGAGCCGUAUGGCAGAGAGCCUGCGUUUGUUCGAUUCCAUCUGCAACAACAACUGGUUCACCAAUACCUCACUCAUCCUCUUCCUCAACAAGAAGGACCUGCUGGCCGAGAAGAUCAAGCGUAUUCCGCUGACGGUCUGCUUCGCUGACUACAAGGGCCAGAACACCUACGAGGAGGCGGCGGUGUACGUGCAAAGGCAGUUCGAGGACCUCAACCGCAACAAGGAGACCAAGGAAAUCUACUCACACUUCACUUGCGCCACUGACACCAGCAACAUCCAGUUUGUGUUUGACGCGGUGACGGACGUGAUCAUCCAAAACAAUCUCAAGUACAUUGGAUUGUGCUAGGACGAGGGGACGGGGGAGAGGGGCGACAGGCACGGCAAAAGUAAAACCCUUUGGCGAACUAUGAGGCUCACCUGUCAACGAUCUCAAAAACGCUUGUUGAAACUGGAAACUCAGAUGAGGCCCAGAGGAAAGGGCUACAUGCUGCCAUCCUGCUAGAUUUAUCAAUGUCAAAAACGUAAAAGGUCAAGAAGGAUUUAACAAGGUUGGUAUAAAUGUGUUUGCACUGAACAUACUGUAUGACUAUGUAGAAACACACACAGACACACACGCAUUGUUACGUUUGUUCACACACAACGGACUUUGGGAUCAGUUGUCAUGCACAUGUUUAACAUGGAAACACUGGAAAAAGAUAUAGGCUACCUGCUCAUCUCUUCCCUUAGAAACAGCAGGAAUAAAGAUACCAUACAUGAAAGGGAUAGUUCACCCCCCCCCCCC